AACAAAGGUUAAGUAAAAAACUAGGUGACAUUAAUAGAAGUAAUAAUUAAAGAAAUUAAGUAAUUUAAACAAAGAAAAUUAAAGAAAAACUGUCUCUGUGUGUGUGUGUGUGUGUGUGUGUAUGUGUGUGUGUGUGUGUAUGUGUGUGAGUGUGUGUUGGGUUGCGCAUGUAUUAAGGCUACAGAGAUUGUUAGCAUACGUAAGUGAUUAGGUGACGACCUUCAGCAGCAUUUCAGUUUGACUGUAGUUAAGACCUUUCAACCAGUUCUUAAUUACGAAUUUUGCUUCAAGAGGAGACUUUUUAGAUAUGUUGCAGGCCUUUACUACUGUAUUGUAAAUAUAAGGAUGCAGGGAGUUAGGCAAACGCCUCGCGAAUGCGGAUUUUGUGAUGGGAGUAGGAACUUUGAAGAUUCGAUUACGGAUUAGGGUAAGAUAUUCUUCGGAAUUUAUAGUUUUUCGAUGCACGUAAGUUGCAACUCGUAGGAUCAAUAAUUGUCUCACACUAAGAACAUCCGCGUCUUUAUAAAGGGUGACCGUUGGAAACCACCGAGGCUUCCCAAGCAUGACCUUGAGCACAAACCUUUGGGCCCUUUCGAGAGGCAGUAGUGCAGAGCUAGUGGAGCCACCCCACACGCCAAUGCAGUAAGACAGGAUGGAUUCGCAUAUCGAAGUGUAUACAAUCUUAAGCAAUUCCCUCGUAGCAGAAUUUCGUAGCAGCUUCAUAAUAAAUAUCACCUUUCUGACUCUAGUAGACAUUAUUUCGAUGUGUUUUUUGAAAUUAAGAUUUUCAUCAAGCGUAACGCCCAGAUACUUUACGGCGGUACAAUUACUAACAACACCGAAAACUCUACUCGAGUGACUGGCUGAAUCGACGUCUGCAUUGGCACGAGAAAACUUGAGAUCUGGCCGGGAGCUGGGGGCAGAAGAAGCCGUUUUAUGAAAGCAUAAGUAUUUUGUUUUUGAAAUAUUAAGUGAGAGCAGGUUGUUAGCGAGCCAUUUGGUAAUCACAGACAAACCUGUCUCAGCUACCGCAAAACAUCGUUCCCAGGACACAUCGUGAAACAGCAGAGCAGUAUCGUCUGCGUAGCAGAUAAUUUCUGCCUGACUGACGGGCAGAGAAAUUAAGUCAUUGAGGUAGAUCAGAAAAAGAGUGGGACCGAGGAUGCUUCCCUGCGGGACACCGAAGGUUAUCGGAGCUGAGUCACUGACUAAAGUGCCAAGUCUUACACACUGCUGCCGGUUUGUAAGGUAGCUUUUGAACCAGUUCCAUGCGAUACCGCGAAUGCCUAACAGUUCAAGCUUCCUUAGCAAUAUCGGUAUUGAGACAGUAUCAAAUGCCUUAGCCAGAUCUAGGAAAAUUCCCACGCAGGUUUCUCCUCUGUCAAGAUAGGAAGAAACAAGGUUAACUAGUAAGGUGGCGGCUUGUUCAGAAGAUCUGUUUUUUCGAAAACCAUAUUGUCUUUGGGAGAGCAGGUGUUCUGAUUCAAGGAAAUUGAUUAGUUGAUUAUUAAUAAUCUUUUCCAGCAUUUUAGAUAGACUGCUGAGAAGAGAAAUAGGGCGAUAAUUCCCGGGGCAGCUCUUGUCACCUCCUUUAUGAACGGGAACCACUGCAGCUACUUUCCAACACUCCGGAAAAGAACCCGAUGAAAUGCUGAGGUUAAAAAUAUGAACGAGUGGUUUGACGAUAUAGUUUUUUAGAUUUUUUAAGAUACGAGUGUUUAUUUUAUCAAUGCCAGACGCGCAGUCUGGGUUUAAGGACAUGAUUAAUUUCUCUACUUCAGUAUCGUCGGUAGGAUUUAAAAAAAUAGAUCUAAGAGGGGAUUUGGUUAAAGCUACUUUAGUCGCAAGUGUCAUCUCACUCGUGUUUUUAUCAGAGAGUAUAACAUUUGCUAGGUUUUUGCCCACUGAUGAGAAAAAUUCAUUGGUGUGAUUAAGGGAGUCAGAAAAGUUAGGCUUGAUGGUGGCUAGUUCAUGGGGAGUAUGCCUCUCCUGAUUGAGGUGAGCUAUGUCUCUAAUAGUUUUCCAAAGUUUCCUCGGGUUUUUUUUGUUAUCCAAAAGUUGUUUUCGGUCAUGAUCAUCCUUGGUUUUUCGUAAAAUGCUUAUAUAAAAAUUUCUGUAUCUAGUAUAAGUAAUUUUGGCUAUUUCAUUAUAGGGGUUUUUUCUGUGAUUGACAUGUAGUUUGUCCUUGACUCUAGAGCAUUUAAUCAAGCCUGGAGUCAUCCAGGGUUUCAAAAUUAAUUUUGAAUUACUUACAGAUCUACAUGAAGAAUGUUUUGAAAUUAGGUUAGUUAAUAUGGAGUAAAAAUCUUCUGCGGCUUCAGUAGCUGAUGUUUUACUAGUGACCGGCUGCCAGUUUUCUUCUUUAAGCUCCGCUCCGAUGGCUUCAAAAUCAUGGCUGAUCACGGUUCUGGAUGGCUUGGCGCGAUUAACCUUAUUGGGGGCUGUAACACCAAUCAUAAUUAGGUCAUGGUCUGUAAUAUCAGAGACACAGACCACCGACGCAAAAUUCGUCACUGACCUUACAAAGAAGUGAUCCAGGCAGGUAUUGUUCCUCGUAGGUUUAUCAAUUGCAGGCAUAAACCCCAGACUAGCCAGCAUACAUAAGUACUCGGAUGCAUGAGUGUCAGAACAGGGAGAGUUAAUGUUAAUGUUAAUAUCACCCGUAACGAUAAAGCUGUUAGGAUUUAGUGAGUUAUUAUUAACGAAAGAAUCUAAUGAGUGUAUGAAUGGGAUAGGAUUUACAAAAGAGGGGGAACGGUAUAAGCCCAGCAAAGAAAAACGUUCCGGUACAUAUAUAAAAAGACUAUCUGUAUCCUGUAUAACUGGUUCGGUGACUGUGGCAUUUAAGGUUUUUCUAACAUAAGCGACUACUCCGCUAGCUUGAUUGUGAGAUCUUUCAGUGCGGUAAGAGGAGUAACCCUCGAGCUGACCUAUAACCGAGCCCUCCUUCAGCCAGCAUUCUGUCAAGACUACAACGUCAAAAACUAUCUUUAUUCGGUUGAAUGUAACAAGGAACUGAUCAAAAUUGUGUUGAAGGCUUCUGAUAUUAAAUGUAAGGACUUUAAAAGAAAAAUUAGGCUUUAUAAUAUUCAAGCAGUGCUCCGGAGAUUCAGCAACAUGACAGUUUACAGGGAAUGAGUUAUCAAGUUCAUUCCCUAAUAAGUCUAGUCCGGCCAUGGCUUAAUAAAGCGGCGGUUAAGUGCGAGACUAGUAUAGUGUAGCGGCGCAUCCACUUGAUAAUUAUAAUUGUAGCCUGAGAUAUUGAGUGUGUAUAUGUUAAUUAGUGUGUGAGUGUAGGUGAGUGGGUGUGAAUAUAAUAGUAUAACUAAAAUGCAUAUUAAAUGUAGAAUAAGUGAAUAUGGUAGAAUUUGCAAACAUAUUGGGCUACUUGUUUCUAAAUAAAAAUGGCUAAAGUUUGAGAAUUUGAGGCAAUCACACAUGCUUCUCUUCUGAAAAAGAGUCCACGGCAUUUCCGAUACCAGGAGUUGCAUAGGGAUUUUCGGAUUCUUUGCUAGGAUCCCCGGUAAUACGAUCCAAGUCCAGAGGAUUGCGGAUGUGAAUAACAGCCGAAUUAUCGUGCUUCCUGACAAACACCGAACCUGAAGAUGUCCAGCAGUGUUUAAAUUUAGCGAUCGUGGCCUGUUGUCUAGCGGCACGAAAAAGCUGCCGAUUUUCUCUAGUCAACCGCUCGUUGACAAAAAUCCUUUGGGGGUUUUUAUCAUUAAAGACGAGAUCUUCCGUUGUUACAUUGCGCCUAGUCUUCGCAGCUUUAAGGAACUCGUCACGUGUCGCACGACGGAUAAACCGGACGGCUAUUGGCCGAGGGUGGAUGCGGUGAUUAACUCCUUCCAUGCCCGACGCCGAGCGUAGGCGGGGACCAGCCCUCCAGGUAGCAUCCACGUCACAAUGAGUAAGAGUCACACCAAUUUUCGCUGCUGUAGUUAGUACAAUAUGGAUGGGAUUUUCAUUAGAGCUUUCAGGGCAACCAACUAUCUCGACUUCAUUUCUCAAAGCAACUUGUUCCUGUUUGUUCAACUGGUCUUGAAGCCUGGACACUGUCUCUUGGAGUUCAGCAGUCUGCGAUUGUUUGGCUUCAAGAGACUUGAUUUUUGACUCGUUGUCUGAUAUUCUGUUGGAAAUAGUUUCCAGGCGUUCGGUAUGAAGUGUAAGCUUGUCCAGCACCUCUUUAAUCUGGGAUUGAAUCGUGGACACCUCACUACGUAGGCCUCUGAUUUCCGCAGUUAACUCUGAGAUUUCCGUGUUUUUAUCUGGAGGCGUAGAUGUAUAAUCCAGCUGUGCCUGUAGCCUCUCCGAAUCUGUAGGUUUGGAGUUCAUAAUGUGUGAUACGGAGGCAGAUUGAGUUUUUUUAUUACGUACCGUAACGUUGUCAGAGGGCAGCUGAGACCGACUCACGUCUGGUGGUAUGUUUCCACGUACUGGUGUUUGGGAAUUAUCUCCCCCUUUUUUGGCUGAGGCUUUGCAGACUGGGCAUACCCAGGAACUUAUUUGCACGUGAGUUAAAUUAACUGCGCUAAUACACGUAAUGUGGUACAUUUUGUGGCACCUUGCCGUUUUGCACUUAAUGGAAUUUAAUUGGUCAUCCGGAAGGUCCUCCCGGCAACCCGCGCAUUGCGGUUUAGUACUUGUAAGCAGCGGCAUACUUUUCUGUUAAUUUUUGAUGAAAUACGUAAUAAUUUAGUAUUAUUUAUCUAUUGAAAAAUUUUGAGCAGAGAUGAAAAUAUGUUACACAUGUCAACGUCAACGUCAACAACCUUAAAUAAAUGAAUAUAAAUAAAUAUACAAUUUAUAUUUAUUUCUUAAUAAAUUUAAAUGCAUGUUCUAUAAGACAUUGUACUAUUAUUACCCAAAUAUCGUUAAUUACGAUUAUUUGUGUAUCGUACAUUUAUAAAAACAAUAUCGAAUGUUGCCUUUGGAAAUUUAAAGCAGAAAUAAAAAACGCCUCUCCUUUGACAGGCGUUCCGUUCUAUUCAGACAACUUAUUAAGAACGGUUUUUCAAUAUUCAAUAUGUAUAAAAAAAUAGACGUGUUAUAAUGAUGAAGAGGUAAGUAAUAAAAUAUGAAAUAUGUAUAUUUUUCGUAUUCUUACUUUAACAGUAGGUUUUUAUGUUGAUUACUGAGUAUCGAGUAUUGAAAUAAUUGUUAAUAACGAUAUUUAGGUAAUAAUAGUACAAUGUUUUAGAUAGAUAGAUAGAUAUAUUCUUUAUUGUGCAUAGUUAAAACAAAUUUAUUAAAUUAUUUAAUUAUUAUUUUUAAAUUUAUUUUUAUAUUUGUAAAACAAUACAAUGUGUAUAAUGUUGUAUGAAGUGGGUUCAAUAAUAAAAACAAAAUCCAUUCUAGUCGAAUAAAAGCUAUAAAAACACCUCUUCAUAAUGUCAAUGUCAAUAAUUAGAGUUUUGAAUGAUUCACGGUGGUUUUGAAAUAUCGGGAGCUCACAAAUAAUACAAAAGGUAAUCACGAUCUAUAUCCCGGUCAAUAUAAGUCUAAUGUCAAUAAUGUCACAGAAUUAAUAAUAUAAAAGUUUCGAAUUCCUUACUUGUUGUUUUUCUUGUUUUUUCGCAACGGUAUUAAAAAACGUCGUUCGAUACACGUGCGGAAAUGUCAUUCUUCGAAAGUGUGUAAAGUAUGACAUACUUUCCGCACUAGCAUCGAAAUGUACUAUUUCUGUUUUUUUUUUCUUUUUUUUUAAUGUUAACUAAGGGUCCACUGCAAUGGAACGAAAAUUUUAUUAUUUUGCGCUACGAUGCACGGUUUAGGAGAUACAGCCUUAUAAAGAUUUUCUGUGUUUUUUUUUAAAUAUAUUACUUAAGGGUUUCUUAGUGGAACGAAAAUUUGAUUAUUUUUGUGCUCCGUCGCACUGUUUAGGAGAUACAACCCUAUAAAGAUUUUUUCUUUGUUUUUCUUUUUAGUUUUUCAUUGUGUUUUCUGUAUGUUACUUAGGGGUUUCUCAAAGGGGAACGAAAAUUAGAUUAUUUUUGCGCUACAACGCACGGUUUAGGAGAUACAGCCCUCUAAAAAAAAUUUCUGUUGUUUUUUUUCUUUUCUUUUUAAAUGUUAAUUAAGUUAAACGAAAAUUUUAUUAUUUUACUCUACGACCCACGGUUCAGAGAUACAGCCUUAUAAGGAUUUUUUUGGUAUUUUUGUUUGUUUUUUUUUUUAAUAUUACGACGCUUGGCUUAGGAGAUACAGCCGUGUAGAGUUUUUUUUCUUAUUGUGUUUCAUUGUGUUUUUUUGUAUAUUAAAAGUGUUUUUAAAGGUUUUUUUCUUUUCUUUUUAAAUGUUAAUUAAGUUGAACGAAAAUUUUAUUAUUUUUGCGCUACGACGGACGGGUUAGGAGAUACAGCCCUAUAUUUCUUUUUUUGUAUAUUUAUAUAAUAUAAAAUUCAAUAACCAAACUUCAACUUUAUAUAUAAGUAGAUAUAUUUAAUAUAAAAAUUUCAAAAUCUAACAUAAUUUAAUAAUAGCGUCGUAGCGUAAAAUAAUAAAAUUUUCGUUCAACUUAAUUAACAUUUAAAAAGAAAAGAAAAAAAAAACAAAUUUUUUUUUAGAGGGCUGUAUCUCCUAAACCGUGCGACGGAGCGCAAAAAUAAUCAAAUUUUCGUUCCACUAAGAAACCCUUAAUUAAUAUAUUAAAAAAAAACCACAAAAAACCUUUAUAAUUCUGUAUCUCCUAAACCGUGUGCCGUAGCGCAAAAUAAUAAACAUUUUCGUUCGCCUGCAGUGGACCCUUAAUAAACAUUAAAAAAAAACAGAAAAAAAUAUUUACAGGGCUGUAUCUCCUAACCCGUGCGUUGUAGCGCAAAAAUAAUCAAAUUUUCGUUCCCUUAACAGAAGCCCUUAAGUAACAUACAAAAAACACAAUAAAUAACAUACAUCAUAAAUAUACACCAUCAUCAUAGUUACAAUCACAUUGUACAGUCAGCUGCAGAGAAAAGAUACCACCCCUGUAAAGAAGUUUGUAUGCAACGGUGCUAAGCGAAUAGUAUUGCUGACUGUACAUCCUACCUAGUAGUCUUUAAUUUACUGUACUACAAAAAUAACUUUGUAAUGCAUAUAAUUACUAUAGUAGACAAACUUAAUUUUACGUACGAGUAAGUGCCAUACGUUACUUUUUAGAUCUUCUGGCAAGGUCAAAGACCCGACCAAAUGUUCAGGCUUAUUUUUUUGUGACUAUUUAGAUACUUAACUUCAACCUGUAAAAAUUACAGAUUGCCUCACGAACUUUUUUGGAGCCCUAAAAAAUCUUAAAAAAUAUGAGGGUUGAUUUAGCCCCGCUACCCUGCAGCCAGACCUCCAGUGCUGAGUUAGGGUAUGAUAGGAGAAGUAUCAGGCAAAUUUUCAGCUUGCCUCAAGGACCUACUCCAAAAUGUCUACCAGCUCUCGGACCACUAAGUAACUACAAAUAAUCAGUCCACAUAACAAACAUUUUGUACUCAUUUUGAAGUCAUGAUUACAUUAAUUUCACGUAAUAUCGGCAUCUAAUUUAAUGUGCACGGUAAACAAACUAAUGAAUCACAAGAAAAGUCAAGCCGCGCUUACGAAGCUGAGCGGGGGGUGGGGCGACCGGGCGAGGUACUUACCUAUAGGUAUAGAUAGAUACGAAUGCUACGAUAGGCUCCCGCGUGCCGCGCCGGCACCUUGACGGACCAGCGCGGCGUAUGUAUGAAUUUCGCGCCUUUUUAAAUAGAUUUGGCUAUAACAAUGGAAGCUACACACAGAAAUUUCUUCCUUUUCAUAAUAUGGUUGCAUAUAUUAUUUUAUAGUAUGAAACUUAUCUUUAUAGACUUUAAUUCAAUGUUGGACCUUACAGGACAAAAAACGCAUAUUAAAAUUUAAGCAGCAAUCCUAUUUUUCUAAUUUUUCGGCUUUGUCUAUUAACUUAAGAAUUUAGAGAUAUUAUUGUGGAUUUUUAAAACUUUAAUUCAAUAUCGACAAAAUAAUAAGCUAAUUUUAAUUUGACAAAGAAGCACGUUAAAUUUUUUUCUAAAAAUGUAACAGUUUAAAGAGUCAUACAUAAUUUAAACGAUGAAGCUUAAACUUUGCACUUUAAUUCAAUAUUUAAAAAGCAUCAAUCAAAAUAUAUAAAUACCUAAUUUAUACCUAACGCUCGUUCUAACUUUUCGUCUUAAAUUACAAAUAUGCUUAAAAACAUGUCCCCUGCCAUGUAAGCAUCACUUUUCCUUCUUUAGAAUUAUCAUAACUUUAAGGUCAAAAAUAUGGUCCCACUAUCGGUCUAAUAUUUGGGAUCCGGAAUACAAACCCUAGGUCUCCUUUUACACCUCUCUCCCCCCUUCCUAAACCACUCCCGGAGGAGAUAACCUCGACCAAAAAUCCCCAAUCUAAGGUGGACCAAUCGUGCCGAGAGAUGCGUGGCUGAGGGGGAACUCAGUCGCUAACGAUGACCCUCGAUACCGGGCAACCUCGAGGUGUAUUUUGCCUUAUUCCGGCAAGCGGGGCUCUGCUGGAAUGGACCAAAUAUUCCCUAGCUUCUCGUGGGAUUUAUAUGGGAAGUAAAAAAGAAAAAUUCGAAGGUACCCUGGAAGACCGAUGCCAGGAACGAAUGCCCCUGAUGGUAGGUGCGGAGAACUCUGCCCAAACAUCAAAGCAAGCAAAGGAGGGAGUGGAGAGCGCCAACACGGUUGAAAGGAGCGAUGCCAAUUGCCCAAAUAACCCAACGGAGGCUUCCAACCCUGUUACAAGCAUGUCCGUCAAGAGAUUGACGGGCUCUGCGAAGAGCCGCCUCAAAGCUCUUCGAGGACUGGGAGUUGCGCAUGAGGAGGCGCUACAAUUGUCCGCAAAGAGCUUCGCGGAACUAAAAAAAAUGGGAUAUAAGUUCGAGUCCUCACAGUCCAAACCCGAGCCAAAAUCGGCCAAACGGCCAUGCUCGGAGGAGAAGUCGCCGCAGGUUAACACCAGCAAGAAACCAAGGGCGAGUGAGACCCUCCCAACUCAACCCCAACCUCCACAACCCUAUAACGAGGUCCGUAGCCAGCUCCGAGUCGGAAUCAAGGACUCUAAGCCGAUGAGUAAUGCGCAGUUGGGGUCCUUAAGCAAUACCAUUUUGCAAAAGAUUGCGACUCUGGAGAUGGGCGAAGGACCAAAGUUUAAGGGUUACUCAUACAAGCCAGGCUGGUUACUCAUUACCUGCAGUGACCAAAGAUCUAAGGCCUGGCUUGAGCAAAUAACACCAACCCUAAAACCAUGGCCGGAAGCUAGCCUCGGGAUUAUCCCUGAAAAUGAGCUUCCUAAGCCUAACAUAGGGAUGGUGUUCAUUCCAGAGAUAGACGACUCCAUGGUUAAGCAGUCGCUAUCUCUAAUCUAUGCACAGAACCAGGGGCUGCACACAGAGUUAUGGAAGAUUCUCCACACCAAAGUCGAGAAGAGUGGGGUUAUGGUAACCCUAUCUCUAGACGACAAGUCGUUGGAGAACCUUAAAAAAAAGGGCCUAAAGGCAAACCUAGGUUUCCGAGAGGUCCAGUUUCGGCUAAAGGGUCAACCAAAAACCCAACAGCCCGAAACACAAUCUACCCAAAACCCACAACCGCAGUCUGCGAACCCUACCCCACCCACCACAAUAAUCCAAACAACCGCCCGAAAGGGGCCGUCGGGUCCAAAUCCAAAACGAGCGGCUCCUUCCACCUCCAACCCCACUCCCGGACCUUCGGAAUUACAGCGCCCCUGUAACAAAAGGGGAGGCUACAGGGGCAACUACAGCCCAAGAGGUAGAGGGAAUGAAAGAGGCCACCAAGGGCACAACAGUGCCCAACGCCGUGGCAAAUAAAAAAGACUCACAAGGGUGACUAGGGGGUAGGGGAGUGAUGUUCCUGCAGGCUAAUCUCCACCACGCCAUAGCGGCCACAGCGGUCGUGCAAAAACUUUGCGGCGAAAAUGGCCUGAACAUCGCCCUGAUUUAAGAACCAUGGAUCAACACCAAGUCCAUGGGAACAGGACUUAACAGAGCAGAAAAGGUUGUUGGAAGACGAAACAGUCAAUAACUAUUUGUCAAAGCGUCAACGACUCAUCCCUACAGAAAACGAACUAAAUUCUCGAGAAAAGCAACCUACAGCUUUAAAAAGCUCACAAACUGCUCUAAAAGAUACUCCUAGCAGUCUAAAAACUGUCUUAAACUCCAUGCCUAGGGGUUCAAAAAAAACUUCAAGAGAGUCAAAAACUGUCCUACAAGUCAAUCCUAGCGAUGUCGGAGAAUUCAAAACUCCAAGAGAAUCAAAAACUGUCCUUCAAGCCACUCCUAGCAACGACAGAGAAUCCAAAACUCCAAGAGAAUCAAAAACUGUCGUACAAGUCACUUCUAGCGAUAUCGGAGAAUCACAGACUGUCCUAAAGAAUCAACCAAGCGAUCUUAAGAAGAGCCACAAUCUAAGAACCAAUCAGGCAACAAGAAAAUCAAACGAAACCUUCUUAGUGAACUCACAAAGUUGAAAACUGGAGCGGGUUUAAAUUCAAAACGCUCCGCAAAGUCAAACCGAGCGAACUUUUGAAGCUUGAAAAGAUCCGAAAGAUUUUUUAAGGGACAGCUGUUGGCCAAAAAAGGGCAAAAACUUCAUAACGUUCUCAAAGGCUACACCCCUAAAAGUUACCUCAGAACCUUCUCGAAACAGGGAUCAUUGAAUUUAAAAUAGACGAUAAUGAUUAGAGUUAUUGGUGUGAGAGUGAUAUAAACAGCACUUCGGGCAGAGGCCAGUCAUAGGCACGAACCUGGCAGCGAUUUUUUUGUGGGAUAAUAUAUCUAAAUACUAUUGUCCCAUGGCUGCCAAAUGUGUGCAAUGUACAAAGAUUAACAAGUAAAAAAAGCGAUGAAAAUAUUGAAGAAAUCAAUAUCUAAAAUAGAUGAUAAAGAUAAAAUGGUUGAACCAGAGAGUAGAAGAUAGGAGAUAAGAGAACGAGACAUGCAACAAAUAUAACUGUGAGAGGUCCGAGUGAAAUGAUUCGAAUGCUGACUUCUGAAGCAGUGAUGCAGCUGCCGCGCCUGAUUUCGGUAGAUAUAAGAAGAUGGACGGCCCAAAGGAUAAAUAAGCCACGAGAUGACUGAAAUAAAUUUUUUGAAUUUUAA